AGAACUCAUUUAAUCAAAACCCAAAAUUGAAAGGACAGUUUUGUGGUUAUUCAUCUUCUUGGUUGCCCGCUAUUAGUUAUCGCCAUCUCUACUUCCUUCCAGGCUCCACACAGCAUCUAUUGAGGCUUCACCCCUUUUUAAAGAGAUAUUCAGUGUACCCAAACUGAGCUUUAUCUCUUUUGAAGGACGAAUUAGCCUUCCAAAUCCAAUUCAGGGAAAAUCGAGAGGCGUUUGGUGUUCCUCCGGUGACUUAAGCUUCUGAAAAAGGAAAAUGAAUUUGGGGGAUUUGCACAAGGUCUGGGAAAUCAAAGCAUUGAAGAGGAAACCUGGAGAAGAAGAAGCCAAAAAAAUCUUAGAGAAAAUAGCCAAACAAGUUCAACCCAUUAUGCGUAAGCAUAAAUGGAGAGUCAAGCUCCUCUCAGAAUUCUGUCCAAAUAAUCCAGCUUUGCUUGGGCUGAAUGUGGGAGCUGGCAUCCACGUGAAGUUAAGGCUACGAAGACCGAACCGGGAUUGGGAUUUUUAUCCCUUUGAUCAAGUUCUUGAUACAAUGCUUCACGAGCUUUGCCAUAAUGCUCAUGGUCCUCAUAAUGCUAGUUUUUACAAGCUCUGGGAUGAGCUUAGAAAGGAAUGUGAGGAGCUCAUGUCAAAAGGAAUAGCUGGCACAGGGGAGGGGUUUGAUCUUCCUGGGAGGCGCUUGGGUGGAUUUUCCCGACAACCUCCACUCUCAUCUCUUCGUCAGACUGCAUUAGCUGCAGCAGAGAACAGAGCACGCUUGGGGUCUCUGUUACCUUCUGGUCCUAAACGUCUUGGUGGUGACAGCACCAUUAGGGAUGCGCUUAGUCCUAUACAGGCAGCUGCAAUGGCUGCCGAAAGGAGAUUGCAGGAUGAUAUCUGGUGUGGUUCCCAUUGCUCUGAGAUUGCUGGGGAUGAAGAAAGCUGUGCUGAUCCUCUGCAGGAUCAUUUGGACUUGGAUCAGGGAGGAGAGAGUUCGAGUAUCAAUGAUGUUUCCAGCAGGCAUGCUUUUGGUGGAACCUCUCUUAAACGUAGCCAUAGGCAAGAUAAACCGGAAUCCAGCCUUGUGGAUUUAACUACCCCUCCUGUAUCUAGAUCUUCUAUCAAUGAAGGUGCCAAAUCUCCUAAACGAAGUUGUAAAUCCAACAACCUUAUACCUCACCAAUCUAGUUCAAGUGCCACUCCUUCUGCCCCCAUGCUUAAUGAUGAUUCUCCAGAAAAUCAAGGAGUAACUGCGGUGUGGGAGUGCCAAUCAUGCACUUUAUUGAAUCCACCAUUAGCCCCAAUAUGCAAGCUUUGCUGCACGGAAAGGCCCAGAGACAUUGGCACCAAGUACAAAUUUUGGUCCUGCAAGUUUUGCACCUUGGAAAACAGUGUGAAACUGGAUAAAUGCUCAGCAUGUGACCGAUGGAGAUAUUCACAUGGUGCUCCUAUAUCAACUCCAGCUCCCAACGUUGGCACAUGAGAAGUAAUCCAAGUCGGUUGAUUUUUCCUUGUUACUGCACGUGUUACAAGAGAUAGGGAGCAUUUUCAACAGUUGUUUUGGUUGCUUAUUACAAUGCCUUGUUUUGUCUUGGCAGCCCUGUUUUUAUUCAUCUUUUGGAUGCUAUUAAAAUGUUCUAUUGAUUAGAGUGAUGAGGGGCGGAUCUGGGUAGAAUCGCAUUUUGGGGCGAACUGAUGAUGUUAUUUCAUAAUCUUUUCAAUGUAAAUACCAGCUCCUACCAUACACUCAUUUGUUGUCUUAUUCAUGUACAGUUUCUCUUUUCUUCCCCUUUUUUUUUUGGUGGCUGAAUUAAAUAUGAGAACUAUGGGAAACUGGAGAGAAUAUUUAAGGAUAUCCAGUUAUCUCGAUAACGCAUUACUUUAACCUAGGGAUGGAUGGCAAAACCUCUGCACAUUCAAUCAUGUCCUUCUACAAUGGCGAUUUUGGAGGGCGCACUUGUGGAAGCUCUCCAUCAACAAAGCUUCCACUCUUCUGGGUUCUUCUCUGCCUCAGCUGCCGCCGCAUCAGCCGCCGCUACCAUCGUUGCUGGAACCCCUUUUGCCUCCAGGUUCCUUUUUGGGUAUGUUCAUAUCCGUGUAUUUCUGUAGUUCUUUUGUUAUUUGCUUGGUUGACAGUGGUGAUUAGCAGAACCAUUUUGGCUGUUGAUGGUGUUUAGGCAAAGGUAUCAGUGGUCCUCUCAUCGUCCGUAUGUGUAUGCUCGAGUCAUGACUGAAUUUGAUGCUCAGUGAACAGUGAUAAUUUGAUUGGACUGGAUAAUGGUUGUUCAUUGAAUUUAGGCAAUUGGGUUUGUUUUUGUCUUUUUGGUUUCAUAUACAUUUUUCAUGUGUACAUGUAUGAUGUAUUUUCUGAAGGCUACAUGCCUUCAUCUGUGCGUGUAAGAAUGCCUGUAUUUGCUUUGUUUAUUGGUAAAUGGACAGCGCUGUGGAUUGGGUUUAUGUUAGAAUAGUUCAAUAGUUUCAAAUUUUCGUUAUUGUUACUGUACUAGGCAGCUUCUUUGGUUAUAAUUGCUUAGUAAAUUAUUGAUGUAAAUGGGUGACAUGUUUGUGCAUAAAUUUGACACUGUUAGCCUAGUGAUUGCGCUGCAGUAAUCCCAAGGUUUCUCAUUGUGAUGCUGCUGCGGCAUUCCCUGAAGAUUACCUUUCAAAUGUACAAAGAUUAUCUGAAGAUAUUGUUAAGAAUGUUAAGAACUUAAAAAAUGAUGCUCUCAAAUACGCUGUGAAGGAGUAUGAGGUUGAAUUGAAGCCUCUUUAUUCAGCUUUUGAGUUGAGGCCAUUUGCUAUGACAACUUUGAGGUCAUUUCUGAUGUUCUAUUUGCCUCUGUUGGAGCCUGCCACAAAUGUAGAAGAAGAUGAUGAAGAUUUCCUGCAGGACACUAAAGAACAACAUGUGGAUUUAGUUGUUCCCUUUAAAAAGUCGGUGAAGCAAAUAAUCCAUGGGGUGAGUUGUUUUCUUUUGGUCUUUCCCUUGAUAUCCUGAAAUCUGCAGAUUGCUUGAUACUGUUCAGCUGCCUUACUCUUUAUUGUUCCUAGCUUACAUGAAGUCUUCUUAUGUUCUUUCAACAAGUGAUAAGCAAAGAACAACAUGUGGAUUUAGUUGUUCCCUUUAAAAAGUCGGUGAAGCAAAUAAUCCAUGAGGUGAGUUGUUUUCUUUUGGUCUUUCCCUUGAUAUCCUGAAAUCUGCAGAUUGCUUGAUACUGUUCAUCUGCCUCUCUCUUUAUUGUUCCUAGCUUACAUGAAGUCUUCUUAUGUUCUUUCAACAAGUGAUAAGAAAAAAGCCAGAUAUUUGUAUAAUUCAGCAAUGUAAGCAAUUAAAGUUAAUAAACAUAUACGGAGUUAAUAUUUACACAUGACAAA